CUUCUUUUCAUUUGAUUUACACGACAAACCCUCAUAGAUUUCAUCCGAUUGAUACACAUGGUAGGUUUAGGAAUCUCGAUUCCUCUCCUUUGUUCAAUACCAUAGAUUACGGUUUCAUAGUAGAGCCUUUGAAUUCGACAAUCCAAAUCAUGGAUGCAAAAGCUUUAGCAAAAUCAAAAAGAGCUCACUCUCAACAUCAUAGCAAGAAAUCGCAUUCAAAUCAGAAGCAGAAACCGAAUGAAUCCCGAAAGCCACUAGCCAAGCCAAAUCUACUCUCCCAGGCUGCCCCUAACCUUCUCUCAAAUUGGGAUCGUUACGGGGAAGAAACCGGUGAGGAUGAGGCGACUGUUCACGAUCUUAUUUUGCCCAAGAGUAAAGGGGCUGAUUACCGGCACUUGAUUGCCGAGGCUCGAUCGCAGAUGCAGUCGUGUAUUACUUCUAUGGAUGAUGUUCUUCCGAGAGAGUUAAGUGAUGGAGGGUCCGCUAUGCUUGCAGCGAGGGGGGAAGGCCUUUUGUCCUGGAUUGAAGAUGACAGUUUCAUUGUGGAUGAAACAGGCACUGCAAUUCCUGAGGCAUCAUUUCUUUCAUUGAAUUUGCACACAUUAGCAGAUCAACUUCAAAAAUUAAAUGUAGCACAGAGGCUCUUUAUUGAGGAAGAUAUAUUAACAUCAGAACUGCUUGCAGAUGAAAAGACGGUAUGCGACCAGCUGUCAUCUCAGAUGCAAACAUCUGAGUGUCAAAGGGAAGCAAGAAAUAUUGAAAUUUCAUCUGUCACAGAGAAAGUAAACAUUGAAAAUGGAGUUCGAGAUGCGACAUCUAGGUACUUUGGAAGUAUCCAUCAAGAUCCAACCUUCAAUCCAUCGCCAACUUUGUCGAAUCAAGUCCAUUAUAAUGCCCAUCCAAUUGAGUUGGAUAUAUCUAGCCAAACUAAGGCACCAAAGUAUACAGAACAAUCUAACACAAAGUUCACGACUGGAAAUCCAAACGAAAAAGUCUUAAAGCUCGAAGCAACAACUGCAGAAGCCGAAUUGGAUAUGCUUCUGAGCUCAUUUAGUGAUACAAUAGACCUAAACACCGCUGCUGCGAGUAGCUCGUCUCGCAUAGAUGAAGUGUUUAAAGCUUCUCCUCACCUUCCAAAUAAAGGUUCAUAUUCAACAAAGAAGGCGCCCGUUGCUGCAGAACUUGAUGAUGCCUUGGAUGAAUUGCUUCAAGAUACAUCCUAUCUAAUAUCUCAUAAAGAAAAGCCUGUCAACAGUCAGAUCCAAUCUCUUUCACCUCAUUCUGGAACCAACUCCAUUCCAAAUGAUGAUUUUGAUUCUUGGCUUGAUUCAAUUUGAGCUCUGUUAGUAAACAAAGUUCUCACCCAUGUAACCUAAUUUGAUGUGUGAUAAUUUAGUAUGUGCCAUAGUUACUGUUUCAUUUCUUUUAAGCCAGAGGUUACCAUUAUUUUAA